AGCUCUCACAAGCGCUCCAGGUCGGCAGCUGCCCUGUCCCUCCUACGGAGAGCCAGAGACUCGAGCGCCGAUGCAGCCUCCCCCUCGAACCCCGUCGGUGCCUCUCCCUCGGUAGAGCUGCCUCCUCCUCAAGCCGCCGCCGCAGCCGCCACCGUCUCCAUGUCUAGCCAUCAGGCCAACAGGAGCCAGAGCUCUCGACUCUCCGCCGUCGCCUCCAACAACGGCAGGACGCCGUCAAUCCAACCCCCUGCCCCCUCCGCCUCGAGGGCCUCCGGCAGCCUCUACGACAAGGGCAACUCCCUCGAGCAGUCUGUGCGCAAGUUCCGCAUCGUCGAGGCCCUGCGCAGCGGAGAUACCGCCUCCAUCUCCAAGGCCAUCCGCGACACCUCCGACAGCGGGCCCCGCGCCAGCACGUCCUCCAUGAGCACCCUCGCCGGGGGCUCUCUCGAGGAUACCACCGUGCUGCACCUCGCCAUCCAGUGCGCCGAGUUUCCUGUCGUCGAGUAUACCGUCUCCGAUGGUGCAGGCUACAUUGACAUCAACGCCCGCGACAAGGAUGGGAACACGCCUCUGCACAUCGCCGCCACGCAGGGCCGUACCCAGGUCGUGAAGCUGCUACUGGAGCAGGACGACAUCAACGAUGCCAUCACGAACAACCAGGGCCGUCUGCCCCUCGACCUCGCUCGCAAUGCCGACAUCUUCCAGUCGCUGCAGCUAUCGCGCUCGCUGUUCGCCGAGGGCAAGAUCAGACAGGUGCAGGAGCUGAUCGGCAGACAGGACUAUAAAACCCUCGAGCAGGUGUUGGAGGAGACGCGCCUUAAGACGGUGCUGGACAUCAACAGUACUGAGUUCGUCCUCGACCCGGUGACGGUCCAAGCUGGAGGCACACUGCUGCACGAGGCGGCAAGGCGCAAGAAUACCACGUUGAUCCAGCUGCUGCUGCUGCACGGGGCAGACCCCUUCAGGCGUGACCGCAAGGGCAAGCUGCCGCAGGAUGUCACCAAGGAUGAUGUGACCCGUGCCAUGCUGAAAAAGUCCCCUGCCGCGGUGGCUGCACAGCGCGGGAUUCAGGAGAAGGCUGUUCUCGGGACCGCGUCGCAGGUUGCCGCCGCCACCCCCGGUGACCCCCUGCUGGGCAAGGAGGCGAGAGAGAUGAAGGGAUACCUGAAGAAGUGGACAAACUACCGCAAGGGUUACCAGCUGAGGUGGUUCGUUCUAGAAGACGGAGUCCUCAGCUACUACAAGCACCAGGACGACUCGGGGUCCGCCUGCCGUGGUGCCAUCAACAUGCGCAUCGCGAAGCUCAACAUGUCUCCGGACGAGAAGACCAAGUUCGAGAUUAUCGGCAAGUCUUCGGUCAAAUACACUCUGAAGGCGAACCACGAGGUCGAGGCCAAGCGCUGGUUCUGGGCCCUGAACAAUGCGAUCCAGUGGACCAAGGACCAGGCCAAGGAGGAAGAGCGCCAGCGUGCUGCCAAUGCCGAGAUGUUGAGCAAGGCCAAGGAGCAGGCGCAGGUUGGUGUAGGCGGCGAGGCACCGAGCGAGAACAACAACUUCCUUGAGCCGGUUCCCAGGGGCAGUACCCAGCUCAGCCGCCUAGCAUCUAACAACAACAAGUCACAGGGUAAAAUGACGAGCACGGGAGGAAGUUUUGUAGAGGACGAUGACUAUGCAGAGACGGAAAAUGAGACCAGGGCCGGUAUGUCUGUCAUGCAGGAGGACCACGACGACGACGACGACUACGGCGAGGCGUCGAGCGGCAGGGAUCAGCCGGGCGCUGGCAAGGACGCCUUCAACAUCACUGCACAGUCUCUAAAACUGCAACUGGACACGAUGGCCCAGGUCAACGCUGCCCUGGUCGCGGAGGCCAGCCAGAACCCGGGCGUGAAGUUGUCAGACCCUAAGACGGCCGGUGCCUUGGCUACGUACGACGCCGCAAUUCGCUCUAUGCUUGGGCUCAUUGGCGACCUGAUGAGGAUCUCUCGUGAUAGGGAUGCCUUUUGGCAGUACCGUCUCGAUCGGGAGACUGACAUGAGGAGGAUGUGGGAAGAGAGCAUGGCUCACGUCGCCAAGGAGCAGGAAGUCUUGCAAGCACGCAUCGGCGAGUCUGAGGAGAAGCGCAAGCAGACGAAGCGCAUGCUUAAGGAGGUCGUCGGCAAUGCCAGCAUCACCGACAGCCCUAAUCUGUCCGAGGUGCCAGAGGAGGGCGAGGUCUCGGCCGCAAACACGCCUGCCUUGUCUCAGAAGUCGCCAGCAAGGUUCUUCACCCGCCGCGAGACCGUGCUGACGGAACUUGCGAACUUAUCCGAGGACGACUCAGAUGUGGAUGAGGAGUUCUUCGACGCGGUUGACUCUGGAGAGAUUGAGGCCGAGCCUUUGCCUCCCGUCACUGCAACGACUACAGCAGUUACCACCGAUGGCAAGAAAGAGUCGGCGGCCGAUUCUGGCAUCAUCGACAUCAGCAGCUCUUUUAGCGGAUACGAAAAUGGUAUUCGUUCAAAACUGAAGAUUGAUGCCGACAACAGGCCAAAGAUCUCACUUUGGGGUAUUCUGAAAUCUAUGAUCGGCAAGGACAUGACCAAAAUGACACUGCCCGUCACCUUCAACGAGCCCACCUCCUUGCUCUACCGCUGCGGCGAAGACAUGGAGUAUGCUGACCUCCUGGAUCUUGCUGCUGACCGAUCCGACUCGAUCGAGCGCCUUCUGUACAUCGCUGCUUUUGCUGCAAGCGAGUACGCUUCGACCAUCGGCCGUGUUGCCAAACCUUUCAAUCCACUCCUUGGCGAGACGUUUGAAUACGUCCGACCCGACAAGAACUACCGCUUUUUCAUCGAGCAGGUCAGCCACCACCCACCUGUCGGUGCUGCCUGGGCUGAGUCGCCGAGGUGGACGUACUACGGCGAGUCACAUGUGAAAUCCAAGUUCUAUGGCCGAUCGUUUGACAUCAAUCCCCUCGGCACGUGGUUCUUGAAGCUGCGGCCGACAUCGGGCGGAAAAGAAGACUAUUUCACGUGGAAGAAGGUGACAUCUUCAGUCAUUGGUAUCAUCACAGGCAACCCCACCGUCGACAACUACGGACCCAUGGAGGUCAAGAACUGGACGACGGGCGAGGUAUGCUACCUGGACUUCAAGCCGCGUGGCUGGAAGGAAUCGUCCGCAUAUCAGAUCACCGGUAAAGUCGUCGACGCGAGUGGGCACGUGCGCAUCUCCAUCGGCGGCCGGUGGAACUCGAAGUUGUACGCGCGCGUCACACCAGGCUACGAGGCCACCGUCGAGGCACCCUCAGAUGCCGCCAACGACUCGGCUUCCAUCUACAAGGGCAGCUUCAACGACCCCAGCAAGGCAUUCCUGAUCUGGCAGGCCAACCAGCGGCCUAAGGGGAUCCCCUUCAACCUGACGCCGUUUGUGCUCACCUUCAAUCACAUCGACGACAAGCUGCGACCAUGGCUCCCGCCAACCGACUCGCGGCUGCGGCCCGACCAGCGCGCCAUGGAGGAGGGCCAGUACGACUUUGCCGCUACGGAGAAGAACCGGCUGGAGGAGGGCCAGCGCGCACGGCGGCGGGCGCGCGAGGCCGAGGGAGGCGAGUUCGUGCCGGCAUGGUUCACGAAAGCUAAGUGCGAGAUCACAGGCGAGGAGUACUGGAAGUUCAACGGCAAGUACUGGGAGCAGCGGGAGAAGGCGGGCAAGGGGGAUGCCAAGGCCUGGGAGGGACUGGAGCAGAUUUACGAGUAAUUUAAGCAAGGAAAUUGAACGUUGAAAGGCAAGUGUUGUGGUGAGCAUAACAAGAAAUGGUGCGCGCGCGAGAGAGAGAGAGCGAGCCGGAUGGAGUAGUAUUUUUAGUUGACGCGAGAGAGGGAAGAUGUUCCAUCUUUUGGUGUUGCUCUGUUGUUGAUUUUAUUAUGAGGGAUGAAGACCCAUGGUACACAAUGACGGGCUCCUAUGCAUCGUCUUUCCUUGUAUAGACAAGCACAUAGCAGUCUGAUUCUGAAUAUGAUGUUCCAUUGAACACCUUGAUACC